AUGAGCCAAAAAACACUCGAGGCAAUCGUGUUUAGUAAACAUGACAACACCUUAAAGAUCUUGGACCAACUUCUUCUCCCGUAUAACACGCACUAUAUCACAAUUGAGUCAAUUGACGAUGCUUUCAACGCCAUAAAGCUGAUGCAGGUAAGAGGAGCACCAGCUAUCGCUAUCGUGGGUGCUUUUGCAAUCACUGUGGAUAUUUGGAGGAACCUCUCAAAUUCCAAACGUACAAUUGCAGACUUGAUGGAAAGAAUCGACUACUUGGAGACCUCGCGGCCUACAGCCGUCAAUCUCUCCAAUGCUUUGAACGACAUCAAGCAUUUGCUAAGAAACCGGUACGAAAUCAAUGAUUUGGUCGACGCCACAACUUUCGAAGCUGUGAAAGAAUACUCUGUGGGUUUGCAUGAGGGGGACUUGAGCAAUAACUACACUUUGGGUGAUAAUGGUGUGAAGUAUAUCACUGAAACGUUGAAGAAGCAAAGCUUCAAGGGACCUUUUUCGAUUGUUACUGUUUGCAACACUGGUUCCUUGGCGACUGCUGGCCAUGGCACUGCGUUGGGAAUUAUCAGAUCAGUGCAUAGCCAAUUGAAGAAGGGCAAAGGGGAAAACGAUUUUUGGUUCGAACAUGCCUACCCUUUAGAGACGAGACCAUACAAUCAAGGAGCUCGCUUAACGGCAUAUGAGUUAGCGUAUGAGAAAAUCCCGUUCACAUUGAUCUGUGACAACAUGGUUACAUCCCUUAUAUCCUCUUUGAAUAAAAAUAGGAGCAUCAAGGACUCUUCAGCACCUGUGAAGUUCAUCAUUGUCGGUGCAGACCGUGUGGUCAAAAACGGAGACUCUGCUAACAAGAUCGGUACCUACCAGUUGGCUGCAAUUGCCAACUAUUUCAACUCCAGUGUGUUUUCUGAGGAAAGUCAAAAGAUUAGUUUUAUCGUGGCUGCUCCCACAACAACAAUCGAUUACAAAUCUGCAUCUGGUGACAAUAUUGUGAUCGAGGAAAGACCCUCGCGUGAACUCACUACUUUAGAGGGACCCCUCUUUGAUAAAGACGGCAACGUUGGCGAAAAAAAGGUAGUCGGCAUUGCUCCACCAGGAAUCCAGGUAUGGAAUCCAGCUUUUGAUGUGACACCUCACGAGCUCAUUGACGCUAUAGUUACCGAAAAGUACCCGGUGUACCAGAAAAAUGAUGGCGAAUUCUUGCUCUAG